AUGACACUGUUCACCGAUAAGAAAUUCAAGGAAUUCCUCUCGGGAUUAGGAACAAAGCAAAAGUUCUCAUCAGUCGAGCACGUUCAAAGGAAUGGACAGGUGGAAUCAGCCAACAAAGUCAUCUUAAAAGGGCUAAAGAAACGACUUGAAGGCAAGAAGGGCUCAUGGGCAGACAAGCUAGCUUCAGUAUUAUGGUCUUACAGAACCUCCCCUCAGUCAUCUACCAGUGAGACCCCCUUCCGACUCACAUACGGGGUCGACGCAAUCAUCCUAGUCAAAAUAGGGGAGCCGAGUCCGCGACUACUUCUUGGAGGAGGAAGCAAGGCAGUUGAAAAAGACCUAGUUGACGAAACAAGGCAGAUGACUCACUUGACAGACACAGCAAUCAAGCAAAGGAUAGCCCUAAGAUACAAUGGCAAAGUGCUCAGAAGAAGCCUCGGGGAAGGUGACCUGGUUUUACGACGUAACAACAUAGGACCGCCAACCCCAAGAGAAGGCAAGUUAGCCACAAACCGGGAAGGACCUUACAGGGUAAGAGAAGUCCUUGGCAAGGGUGCAUACAAGUUAGAAAAGUUAAAUGGAAACGAGGUGCCGAGGACAUGGGACAUGGCAAAUCUCAGAAGAUUCUACUCAUAG